AUGCACUCAGUCUCCAAGAAGCUCGUGCGCCACGGCACGACUCAGUCGUUACACUCCGAGUUUGUGUUGGGCAAACCGUCAGACCCACGUGAGAUCGAGGCCAUGUUUCGCGUGUUGAUGGAGAAGCGCGACUUCCGGAGCUUGCCGCUGGUGGCACGCAAGGAAAUGUCGCACUACUCAGUGGACAAGAAGUGGAUGUUGAUCUACCAGGACGCGCUCACCGAGUACAAGAAGCAGGAGCGGCAGUUUCUCAAGGGCGACGAUAACAUCACGCCGGAGUUCUACGUCCGCAAGAUAAUGGACAAGUCCAUCACCGAUACUCAGCUCAACAACUUGUGGGUAUCCCUCCGCACAGAGCCAGUCACGUGGGUCAAGGGCUUUGUGGCGGCGCAGGGUGAGGUGGCGCUCGCCAGGGUGCUCGGGCAGCUCACGAACUCCCACUCGUCACUUCUGGAUACGGAGCUAGACAAGGAGCUCCUGAUGGUGAAGUGCUUCCGAUCCGUGCUCAACGUACUGGAGGGCGCCCACCGCAUCUACAAGGCAAAGACAUGCAUGGAGACCAUUACCAACUCGUUGUUCUCUCCGCGGAUGCAGACAAAGAAGAUUGUCACCGACAUUUUGUGCUUCUACGCCAACUGGGGCAAGCACGGCGGCGAGAGCUUCCACCGUAUCUUGACCAUUCUCUCCGCCACACCCCAGGGCUUUGACAAGUCGGGGGUGCUCGACGAGACAGACGACAUGGGGCCCGUGCUGGAACAGAUGAGGCCAUCCGAGACUGCCCUCAGUCUGAUGUCGCGGCGCCAGCUGGUGAUGAACCAACAGAGCUCCAUGACGCGUCUUGAGUUGUGGAUGCGCACGGUACAGAAGACGCUCGACGGCCGAGGGCUCAUGGGGUCCAUGGUCGGCGCUAGCGCGGAGCUCCGCGGUGCCCAGGGAGAGAACCAGCUCAACGAAUACUGCUUGUCAACGAUGAUCUUGAUCAAGUCGUUCACCACCAACCACAAGGACAUCCGCGUCCGGACGCAUUUGCGUGCACAGAUGCGCAGCUUCGGUCUCCCCAAGAUCCUCGAGGCGUUCUACCGACUUGAGUACGACGUGCUUAGCAACUGGAUCAAGGAGUUCGAGAACGCCAUGGCCGACGACUACGCCGUCUUGUCGCGCCACAAGAACCUUCAGGAUCAGUCGGUCAACUUGAACGACCCCGUGAGCUUGAUCGGCAAGAUGUGGGAGAACGUGAAGAACACGGAGGUCGAGGGGUAUUUCAUGUCGGCUAUCCAGCACUUGUUUCUCGCGCAGCUGGACCCGUUAGUAAAGCCGGACAACCCGGAGUUGAUCCGGUCGUUCCGCAUCUUGGACGGAGUCAUCUCGGGCAUUUCGAUGCGCUCGUCUUUAGACGACGAAUCGACGGUGAACGUGGCGAUUCAGAAAUUGUAUUCAACGUUGCAGACCGACGAGGUUGCUCGAAAGGCGGUGGCGGAGCUUCGGGAGGCGAAGAGAGUGGCGAACGAGGCGAGCGCGGAGCGCGACGAGCUUGCGAAGCAGGUGCGGAUGGGCGGUGAGGGCAUGGUUUCCAAGCUCUCGGUCCAGUUGCAGGAACAGGAGAUGGUUUUGCAGCGCCAGCGCAAGUUGAACGACGAAAUGACCUCCGAGCUCGAGGACUUGAAGCGGAAGCGGGUGUUGGAUAGGCACCAACAGGAGUUGGAAAUGCGCGAGAUGUUCAUUAUGUUGAACAACUCCGCCACCACCACCGUCUCUGAGAAGAGCAACGCCGCGUCGGGCAUGUCUGUGUCGAUCGAAACCACCAACCAGGACUUGAUCACCAAGUUGCAGUCACGGUUGGCCAACAAGAAGGAUGAGUACCGUUCGGAGACUCGCAGGUGGGGCAAGCCCACGGUCGAGCCGUCGUCCAGACUCAGGGCGCUUCGCGACAAGAUGGACGAUAUCGAGCAGCAGGCGCGGGAGUUGGAGAUGACGGACUUCCAGAACUACUCUGGCCCUGCAGCCAUGGUGACGCCGUCGCCGAAACGGACCCGCAAGAUCAAGACCGUGAAGGAGGUGGAGAAGAAGGUGCCGAAGAAACACGUUGCGAGCCCGUCGCCGGUGAAGCUCGGACCCGCCAGACCGUGGCAGGAGGACGACCUCGCAAAGCUCUCGUCGCUCCGCAAGAAACUCGUGUCCUUGCAGUCCGAGUCCAAUGAUAUCCUCAAAUACAACCAGGACUUAAAGGACCAGGAGUUGUACAACAAGCAAAAGUACCUCGCGAUGGAACGUCUUCGCGAGUUAGAGGAGAACUUCAAGAAUUUCAACAUCGACUUCACCGCGCCGAACCGUGACUCCCGGCUCGUGGACAUGGAUCCGAAGAUGAUGGCAAAAAUCCAUGCAGAGCUCGCCGAGGCCGAGAGUUUGCGUGCCACCUUGGAGUCUAGGUUGGCUCCGGUGCAGCACCAGGUGAGUGACGAUGACCAACCGACAAACUUCCUGGCCUUGGAGGCCAAGUAUGUCAACGGUCAGAAGGCCACUCCCGUUGCGGAUGUGACAAACAGCCAGAGUCAAUACCAGCCGGCAACAGCUCUGUCCCCGGGCAUGCUGCUUAACUUUUUGAACGAGCUCAGCUCGAAGGUGUCGCGGAAGUCUGCGAUUGACGAUACGGCACUCCCACAGGGGUCGGCUCCGCCGCCAUUACCGAAUGGCACCAGCUCUAAUAUCGUUCCGUCUGUUGCCGCGGGUGUCCCACUAUUGCUGGGUGCCCCUCCACCCCCGCCUUUUCCUCCGCUGCUUGGCACAACCAACGUGCCCAAGCUACUCCCUAGCUUUGAGAUACCAUCGUUGCCGGACAUGCCCUCCCGAUCGGUUUCUCCAUCGCCUCCUCCUCCUCCUCCUCCCCCUCCUCCUCCACCGCCGCCUCCUCUGAUGUCCCCUCUGCUUAUGUCCCCGACGAUGACAGGUGGCCCUCCACCACCACCACCACCAAUGCCCGGCAUGAAGUCACAUCCUAUGACGCCGGUCGCCAUCUCGCGGUCUCCGUCGCCGUUUGAUAACUUCCCGCGCCCGAAGCGUAAGUUGAAGCAGUUGCAUUGGGAGAAGUUCGAGAACACCGAGAACUCCUUCUGGGAGAAACACGCUCCGUCCGAGGCGCUAGCCAGCGAGUUGCAGGAAAAGGGUGUGUUUGACGAAAUCGAAAACAUUUUUGCGGCGAAAGAGUUUAGAAAGUUUGCCACGAAGAAGGGCAAGGAUGAGAAGGAUAAAAUUUCGUUCUUGGCCAGAGACAUUUCCCAGCAGUUUGGCAUCAACCUCCACGGAUUUAACACGAUGUCCGACCAGGACUUGGUGUUGAGCGUGCUUAAUUGCGAUAAGCGGGUCUUUGAAAACGUCAGUAUCUUGGAAUUCUUGGGAAAGGACGAACUCACCGAGAUUCCUAACGGGGUGGGUCGUAACCUCGAGCCAUACAGCACAGAUUACACCCGUGGGGUCGAGGACGGUGGCACAACCAAGCCAGACAAAGACCCAGCCGAAUUGGCAAGAGCCGACCGAGUCUACCUCGAGUUGAUCUACAACCUUCAACACUACUGGAAGUCGCGUAUCCGGGCGUUGCAAACGGUAAUCAGCUUUGAAAAGGACUACUCUGACUUGGUGGCCAAGCUCAGGGUCGUGGACAUUGCCUGCGAGAGCGUGCAGAAUUCAAGCCACCUUCGUGGUCUCUUUGACAUCAUUUUGAUGGUGGGUAACUACAUGAACGAUUCCACCAAACAGGCCCAGGGGUUCAAGUUAAGUACUCUCCAACGCUUAACGUUCAUGAAGGACGAGAACAAUAGCAUUACGUUCUUGCACUAUGUGGAGAAGAUUGUGCGGAACAAGUUCCCUGAAAUGAUGGCGUUUAUGGAUGAGCUUAUUGUGACGGUGGAUGCUGCCAAGCUCUCGAUGGUGCAAAUCGCGGCCGACUGUCGCCAGUAUUCGCAGUCAAUCAUGAAUGUACAGUCACUGAUCGACUUUGGGAACUUAAGUGACCCUACGAAGCUCCAUCCCGAAGACCGGGUGUUGAAGAAGGUGCUCCCGGUGUUGCCCGAAGCGAGACGCAAGGGCGAAUUGCUCACAGACCAGUCGAAGUACACCAUAGCCGAGUUUGACAAGGUGAUGCGCUUCUUUGGGGAAGAGCCGGAGGAUGAGUUUGCACGCAAUUCCUUCUUCCGUAAGUUUGCCAAUUUUUUGCUGGAUUUCAAAAAGGUGAACAAGGAGAACCUCCAGAGGGAGGAGGAGGAACGGGCGUACGAGGCCAGAAAGAAGAUGCUCGAAGGACCGAAGCGCAGCCAGGCUCGGAACGGUCAUCUAGGCGGCGACUCUGAGCCGAGCGAAGAUGUGGAUGGCGCUUUGAUGGACACGCUUUUAGAGAAGUUGAAGGCCGUGGGCCCUGCCAAGAGCGACCCAUUGUCGGCCAGAAGACGGGCCAUUGCGCGCAAGCAGCUUUUGGAAAACACAAGAAAGAACCAGGACGACGAUGGCGACACGUCCCAGUCAUUGGACAUUCCUGACUCUGAUAGCUCUUCGCUAGUGGACUUGCUCGACGAAGGGAUGGUUUCCCCGGCGUCCGACAUGCUCACGGAGGAAGAAACAACUCCAGACGUGGGCUCCAGAGCUAGAAACUUGUUGAAGGAGCUCCGGGGACCCAGCACCGGGCCCGGCCCGGAGGACAAGUUAACCCCAGCGCAGAAGCUCCGCAUGAUGAAGCGGAAAAAAGAGUUGGGCGCCAGCACUUCUGACGUGUCGCUCAGGGAUCUGUCCGAUGUGGUAAGCGACUCAGACCUCCGCUCCUCGGACCACGAGCAAACGGCAUCGGACGUGGAUGUGACCGUUACUCCCGGCCAAGUGGAUACCACCCGGGAGACGGGUUCGCCUUUGUCGGAAGACGAGGCACAUGAUAUCCUUGAAGAGUAG